UCUUUCUUCCCCAGGAAGCCAUUAAUUCCUAAUAGUUCCUCUUGAAAUAGGUGUUAGGUAUGCUUAAGGUUGUGGAAACCGACAGUUCAGGAGUGCUGCUGGGCAGGGCGGAAGUUCUUUCCUCGCCAUCUUUCUUCCUGGCGCGGCCAUACUAGUGCAGAGGCCCUGUCAGCUGAGGAGGUCUUGAGGGUUCAGCCCCGGUAUCCGGGACAGCUCGGAACCCAGGAGCGGAGGUGAGGCCGCCGGAGGCGCCGGGCGGAGACAUGGACUGUCUAACUUUUGAUGAUGUGGCUGUGAACUUUACCUUGGAGGAGUGGGAUUUGUUGGAUCCUUCCCAGAAGCAACUCUACACAGAUGUGAUGCAGGAAACCUUCAAAAACCUUGUUGCUAUAGGACAAACUGAGGAGGGCCAGAGGAUUGAAGAUGAUGGACACUUUAGGAGAAACCUAAGAAAUGGAAUUGUAGAAUUAUUGUUUGAACCCAGUGAAGGUAGACAAUGUGAAGAAAUCUUCAGCCAGUUUCCAGAUACUGUUAUGAACAAGAAAAUCCAUCACGGACUAAAACUGUGUGAAAGCAAAUUAUGUGCCGAUGUACUUGUUGGUCUCCCACCCCUAAAUAUGCAUAAACGUGUUCCAACAGGACAUAAACCAUAUGAAUAUGAGAUAUAUGGAGAUGGUCUCUAUAAAUUUAAAGAAUGCAGGAAAGCCUUCAUGUAUCCUGAAUGCUUUCUGAAGCAUGAAAAUAAUCACAGAGUAGAGAAACCAUAUAAGUGUCAGCAAUGUGGAAAAGCCUUUUCUUCUUCCAGUAAGGUUCGAAGACAUGAAAGAACUCAUACUGGUGAAAAACCCUACAUAUGUAACCAUUGUGGGAAAGCCUUCCCUAGUCGUGGUUCCCUUCGACGCCAUGACAGGAUUCACAGUGGAGAGAAACCUUUUGUUUGUAAGUAUUGUGGGAAAGCCUUCACUGGUCAAAGUUCCCUUCCACGACAUGAAAGAAUUCACAGUGGAGAAAAACCCUAUGUCUGCAAGUACUGUGGGAAGUGUUUCAUUUCUUCAAGUACCUGUCGAGUACAUGAACGGACUCACACUGGAGAGAAACUCUACGUUUGUAACUUGUGUAAUAAAGCUGUCACUACUCGCACUUCCCUUCGAAAUCAUGAAAGAAUCCACAGUGGUGAGAAACCCUAUGUCUGUGAACAGUGUGGAAAAGGUUUCAUCUCUUCUGGUACCUUUCGAAUACAUGAGCGAAUUCACACUGGAGAGAAGCCCUAUAAAUGUAAGGAAUGUGGUAAAGCCUUCACUAUACAGAGUUCUCUUCAACGCCAUGAAAGGAUUCACACUAGGGAAAAACCCUAUGACUGUAAGGAAUGCGGGAAGGCUUUCAGUGGUUACAGUUCUCUCAGACGCCAUGAAAGGAUUCACAGUGGAGAGAGACCUUAUGCAUGCAAGCAGUGUGGGAAAGCCUUCCCUGCUUUGGGUGAUUGUCAAAGACAUGAACAGAUUCACACUGGUGAGAAACCCUACAUAUGUAAGCAGUGUGGGAAAGCUUUCACUCGCUGUGGUUCCCUUAGAAUACAUGAGAAGACCCACACCAGAGAGAAUUCCUAAGCAUAAAAUGUGGAAAGGCCUCCUUACUGUAUUCCCUUCUAUAAAUAGAGCAUGACAUGUUUAGGGAAGAAAUCAAGUAUUAAUAUGAAGUUGUGAGGGCUGCCACUAGUCAUUGUUAAAUCAACAAAGAUAAAAGAACAAACUCAGAAUGCACCCAAUAUCAAAACUUGUACAGAAACAUCAGAAGUUGUCAAUGGUAAGAUAUAGUUUUAAAAUUCUGUGAAACUUCUACAGGUAGUAUAGUACUACAAAUGUGCAUUAUGAAAGGUUCAAUUCAAAGUAAUUUAUGUAGAAUGCGCCAAAAUUACAUAACCUGGAGGAAAUGUGCUAAAAAUUAUAUUACACUCAUUAGUUUAUUAUUAAAAUAGAUGUGUGAACUAUUUCUAAGUUUAACUCUUAUAAGUAAAUGGUGGCAUAGCAUUCUCUGAAGUUUCCUUAAACUAUGGGGCAAGAGUUAAUAGGUCGUAUCUUUUUUUUUUUUACAAUGUUCCCUACCUUUCUGAAGAAUUUUGGUUGAUUGAAGAUGGAAUAGCCUUUUGAGAUGAGUUGGCAGUAGCUCGAAGUACUAGGGCAAGGUUCUCUAGAAGGAUGGAUUUGCUCUAAAUUUGGCAUCUAAUAUGAGGAUAUUUCUCUCAUGGGGGUGGGGGCAGGAAUCAUCCCUGGACCUCACUAGCAAAAUUUUUGCUUCCUGUUCUGUUGAUCUUAUAGUUUAACAAAGGGAUAUCCUUCUACCAGGAAGAGCAGCCAUUCCUUUGAACUGCAAACUAAGACACCCCCACACACCCAACCCACCCCCAUUUACUCUAGGUUCCUGGUGCCCUUGAGUUAACUAAAAACAGUUACUAUUAUCAGGAAUGACGAUUGACACUACCAGGGAGGAAUGAAACUGCUUUUCAGCAAUGGAUGUGCCAAUUUAUUUUUUUCUACUUGACACAAGUUAGAAUUAUCUGGAAAGAAAAAUUUGAGGAAUUGCCUCCAUUCGAUUGGUGUGUAGGCAAGUCUUUGGGGGUUUUCUUCAUUAAUUAUGGAUGUGACAGGGCCACUGUGGGUGGCGCCACUUCUAGGUAGCCGUCCUAUGUUGUAUAGGAAAGCAGACUGACCAAUCUAAUAGUUAGCCUCCCUUUAUGAUCUCUACUUCAGGUCCUACUUCCAAGUUUCUGCCUUGAGAUACACCCUGGCUUUCCAAUGCUGGAUUAUAAAGUGUAAUCCAAAACAAACCCUUUUCUCCUCAAGUUGAUUUUGGUCAGUGUUUUAGCAACAACAGCAACAAAUCAAACUAGGGCAAGAGGAAAGGAAGGCUAUUCCUGGAUUCCCGUAGUAUUACCAUGUCUGAAGAUCAAAACCCAUAGGAAGUUACAACUCAGUCCAAAAAGGGUAAUAAAUGGCUCAGAUAUUUCAAGGAUGAAGUUCUUAGUCACUUCUCAAGGUAACAAACUGGCUAAUUUGGGUGUAACAUGUUUUUAUUUAUUUACAAGGUUUCUUGUAGUAAAAUUAAUUUUACAAAAAAAAAAAAAGAUUCUUAGUGCUUGCUGAAGAUGAGGAAAUACAAAAUGACACCAGAAAAAAAUACAUAAAUAUGGUAUACCGUUGGGACCUCGCCAGGGUGAGGGUUCUGAUUGCUGGGUGUGGGGCAUUUGCCUUUAAUCCAGGAAGCAAAGGCAAAUGAAUCUCUGAGUUCAAGACCAACCUGAUCUGCACAGAACAGCCAGGGAUGCAUAGUGAUACCCUGACUCAAAAACAAACAAACAAAAAAUAUGUGCUUAUUUUCAUAGUCUGAUGGUUAUUAUUGAUAGCCAACUUUAAAAAAUCUAAAACUACCUGUGAGAUAGGCCCCUGCCCAUUGCCUAUGAGUAGGUAUCUUGAUUCCACUUCAUAAAUGAAGUGGGAAGACUCGCCCACUUUUGGAAGUGCCAUUCCCUGACUGGGACCCAGGAGUGUGUAAAAGUGGAGAAAGUUGGCUGGCUGAGCACAGGCACAAACAUACAUGCAUUAAUUCAUUGCUCUCUGUCUUUUGAUUUUUCAAGACAGGGUUUCUCUGUGUAGCGUUGGCUGUCGUGGAGCUCACUCUGUAGACCAAGCUGACCUUGAACUCACAGAAAUCUACCUGCCUCUGCCUCCCAAGUGCUGAGAUUAAAAGUGUGUGUCACCGCCACCUGGCCGCUCUCUGCUUUUUGACUGUGGGUAUAAUGUGAGUAGUUGCGUCUAGUUUCUGACAUGUUGACUUCCUCACAGUGAUGGAAUUAUGAGCCAAACAAACCCCCAUUCCUUUAUGUUGCUUUUACCUGGAUAUUUUGUCACUACAAUAGUAAAUGAAGCUAAGACAUAUGCACACAUAUAGUUGUCAUGUUUUGUUUCAUCUCUUCCUUUACUAUGUAAUAUAUUUAUUGAGUUAAUGUCAGUAUUGGGUAUUGCUAUAUAUUGUCAUAUUUAAUUAUAGUAUAAUACAUGAAUAAACUUUCCUCAAGGGACUUUGACAUCUAAGGAAACAGUAUGCUUUCAGUUGUACAUGAAAAUUAUGUUAGAUGAAAUACCUUAUAUUGUCUGUAUUUAGAAAUUGUGUAUAACAUAGGAUAUUGUUGACAUCAAAUUCAUGAAAGAUGAACUUGGAGGGGUUAGUCUCCAUUGUCCACUUGGCUGGUGAAAUACACCUGUAUAUUUUGGUGGGGAAAUUUCUACAGGAGUGACAUGUGGGACAGUGAUUGAAGGCAAAAACUCACACUUAGUGUGGACAGUCACUUCAAACAGCAUGCCAGAGGAAGUCUCAGGAAAAAGCAGCAUCACACACCUGCCUUCCUUCCAUCUAAGUGAAUCUAUUGAUGCUACUGUCAUCCUCUACUGAUACCACAUUUCAUUUUCUUCUUCCACUCAACGUGGACUCAAUUCGAGUGACUCUCCAGGAGUUUCCAGUCUUUUACCUUUAGAUUGGAGCUCCUGAGGCAUUUAGCUUCUUGGAGUGGGCAGCUACCAAGUUUCCUGCUUCUCUGGUAUGCAGCCUGUCAUUGUUGGAUCACCGGCACCUAUCACGGAUGACAAUCUAGUGAUGUCUUCUAUAAUAAUUUCCUUUGUUCCAUUCCUCUGGAAAACCCUGACUAAUAGGAUCUCAUUAGUUCAAAGACAGGGAUAUUUCUCUUUCAGUUUCCAAAAUGUAUUCAAUUUGAAAAGUUUUAAAGACAUGUACAGAAUAUGUUGGGUUUUGUUUCUUUAGUCUUGGUCCCUGCUACUCAUUGAGAACUGUCUACCUUUUAAAGAUCUGUGUGUAAAUAUGCAUAUACCACAGAACAUGUGUGUAGGUCUGAAGACAGAUUUAGGUGUCGUUCCCACCUUCUGCCUCGAUUGAGGCAGGGCCUCUCUUGUAUCUGCUGCAUAUGCUAGCUGGCCUGUGAGCUGCUAGGGCAGGGUCUCUCUUGUAUCUGCUGCAUAUGCUAGCUGGCCUGUGAGCUGCUAGGGAUUCUGUUCUCAUCUUCUGUCUUGCCAUAGGAAUACUGGGAUUACACUUGUGCCUUGCUGCAUCUGGUGUUUGCUUGGGUCCUGGGGCAUUCUAAUGCACUUAGAACACUUACAUGGCACAUGCUCUGUCCACAGCCAUCUGCCCAGGAAAGAAUUGUAUAUUUCAAGUGUGUCACAUGUCUCAUUAUAAAAUAGGACUUUCCUAUGAGUGUGUGGCUAAUUCCAGUCAUCUGGACUAGUUUUAGCUUUUAUAACCUACUCAAGCAUUUUCUACAAUGCCCUGAACACUGUCUUCCAGGAAAUACAGAUGUUCUUCAAAUUUGCUAAUAUUUGCUUCCAUAAACUCACACUAAAAUGAGUUCAUAAAUUAAAAAUGACUGCUACACUUCGGUUACUGAACUUUGAAGUGAAGUUGAAUAUGUUCAAAUUGAAGCAGACUAGCAAGAGAAAAUUAUGGGAAACAAGGCCCCCGCCCCAGGGUCUCGUUAGUCCUUUUUGCUGGUAACAGCAAGAAACUUGAGAUACCAUUGAUAAAACCCAAAUUGAAAAGCCUGGCAUAGUGGUGCACACCUUUAACCCCAGCACUGGGGAGGCAGAGGCAGGUGGAUCACUCUGAGUUUGAGAACAGUCAGUUCCAAGCCAGAAAAAGCUACAUAGUGAGACCCAGUAUCAUAAAUAGAAAAAAAGAAGAAGAAACAACCAAAUUGCCCAUGGGGAAAUAUAUGUUCUAUGACAUUCUUUUCAAAGACAAAUUUUUCUAUUUAAGACCAAAAAUGAUGUAUAAUCUUGAGUUUCUACUGCUUACCUCUCAGUCCAAAAUCUGGAAAAUUACCCACAUAAAUUGCCUUACAAUUUUGUUUAAAAAACAUUUUUUUGAAGGUGUGUUUAUAUGGGUAGGGUAAAGGGGGGUGAUUCUUUAAAGCCAGUUGUGGUGGUGCUUGGCUUUAAUCCCAGAAGCAGGAAGGCAAAGGUAGGUAGAUCUCUGGGAGUUUGAGGCCAACCUGGUCUACAGAGCUAGUUCAGGACAGCCAGGGCUACACAGAGAAGCCCUGUCUCAAAAAACAAAACAAACCAAAAAUUAUUUGAGAGCCACCAAAAUGUUAAGUACAGUCCAUAUAAAGGCAUUUAAUUGCAACUGUCCAUUGAGAAUCCUACAUCCUUGUGCUUGGGUAUACUAUUUUUCUUCCUGUGAGCACCUUUCUAUUUUAAACUACAAAUCUACUUCAUAUUGGCUCAUCCUGAAAUUCUUGUUUUGUCAAAGCCAUGAAUCCCAGUUUUGAAAGCCUAGGUCAGGAUCUCAACUCCUCAGACUGACUCUAGUGACAGCAUGCAAUGAAACUGUCUAAUCCUGUCUGCAAUGACAAGCUCAUUUCCAUUACCUAUAGUUGGACAAAAAAACCACCUAUUUGAUGAUACACUGAAUGGGUUAAUUAAUUGAACGUUUCUUGCUGCUGUAUGAUAUGAUAGCAAAUUUUAUUCUUGUUACCAUGGGUUGUGCUGUAUCUGAUUUCUAUGAGUCAGUGUCUUCCAAAAGUAUGCUGCCUGUUGAUACCCAGUUUAAGCUCACCCUUUGAAAGUCAAUAACAUUAUUUUUUGCCUA